AUGUGGGUGAUGCCGGUUGCUAAGAAGAGCGAUGUGCUACGGGAGUUCCAGAAGUGGCUGGUACUGGUGGAACGGCAGGCGAAGAAGUCGGUGCUGAUGCUCCGCUCAGACCGGGGAGGGGAGUUCCUCGGGAAGGAGUUCACCGACUUCGUCGACGGGAAGGGCAUCGUCCACGACCUGACGUGCCCUUACACUCCGCAGCAGAACGGCAUGGCUGAGCGGGAGAUGCGCACAGCCGUCGAGUCCAUGAGGACGAUGCUGCUGCACAUGGGCGUGCAGCACCACUGGUGGCACCUCGCUCUACGACAAGCUGUCUGGGUGCGCAACUGCUUGGAGCGGUCGACGACGCCGCCGGGGACGACUCCGUACCAGCUGCUGAUCGGGAAGAAGCCCGACCUCACGCUGGCGCGGGCGUGGGGCUGCAUGGUGCAGUUCAUGGUUCUUGAGCAGCAGCGAGGUGGGAAGCUGGCGCCGAAAGCUCGCUGGGGGCUUCACCUAGGCGUGUCGCCGGAGAGUAAGGGCUGGGAGGUGCUCAACCUGACCGACAACAAGGUGGUCACGUCGGUCGAGGUGAUCUUCUACGAGACGCUGUCACUGGAGGUGUGGAAGGCGAAGUUUGGGCCGGCGUCGGGGCGGACGCAGGCACACCCGCCGACGGACACCUCGACGGCGACGGUUCCUUUGCUUGCCGAAGUCGAUGAGCCUGCUGAUGAGGAUGUUGUGGAGGUCCUUCCACCUUCCCCGGUUCUUGCUCCUCCCUUCCUCGUCGCAGAUCGGCCUGCGUCGACACCUGUGUCGGCCACCGGCGAUGAGGGGAGCCUUGAGGCGUCGCCUGUGGCGCCGGCCAGAGGCAUUGUCGGCGAUCGAAAAGGCGCCAAGCUCGUCGACCAGGAUGGGAAGCCGUCGACGACAGGGGAGCAGCAGACAGGGGAGCCGGUCAAACAAGAGGCAGCAACAGGGGUGCAGUCGACAGGGGAGCUGCCGAAGUCAGCAGGAAGUGAGCAGCUGGUCGAAGGUUCAAAGCAGCUGGUUGACGACUUGACAGUCGACGAAGAAGGGGAGCUGUCGGCAGGAGAAGAGUCCACCGACAGUGACGAGGUGGAGGUGCCAAUCACGAAGCCUGAGCUGCGACGCACUAGUCGAGCUCGACGGCCGCCGGAGCGGCUAAGCUUCCACGCCUGCCUACCGCCAGCUGCCUUCACCGCUGUGUACGACGAGGUUGACGAUGACCUGUUGUACGACGACGCCGAGGAGGAUGAAGAACUGCCGGAGCUUGACCCCGACAUGCACGCAGACCCCGAACACCGCUGGGACAUCACCACGAUGAAGGUAAAGGAGGCACUGGCGAGCUGGAAGGGUAAGGCGGUGAAGGCCGCCAUGGAAGAAGAGAUCCGCAGCCUCGUCGGCAUGGGCACUUGGGAGCUGGUCGAACGCCCACGCGGGGUGAACAUCAUGAAGAACCGGUGGGUGCUGACGACCAAGUACCGCCUCGACGACACCGUCAAGCGCGAGAAGGCGAGGCUGGUCGUGAAGGGCUUCACGCAGGUGUGCGGUGCCGACUACGACGAGACGUACUCACCGGUGAGCAGCUACGUCACGCUGAGAAUCUUCCUCAGCAUCGUCGCCGUCCUCGACCUCAACCUGAUGCAGCUCGACAUGAAGAACGCUUUCCUGGCACUCGACGGUGUGCUGCUGGGCGCUAGCUGGAAGAAGAGCCAGGUCGAUGAGGCGCUCUACUACAAGGCCGGAGACAUUGGAGUGAACUGCUGGGUGCUGGUCUACGUCGACGACCUGCUCGCCGCCAGCAGCAGCCCCGCGAUGCUGAAGGAGCUAAAGGAGCUGCUGGAGGCUGCCUUCGAGCUACGCGAGAUUUCGCCGGUCGUCAAGUACCUCGGGCUCGAGAUCCUGACAUUCAACGACGAGGAGGUGCAGGAGAGCGAGGAGGAGGAGUACCGGCAGAAGGUUGGCUCGCUGCAGUUCACGGCGACGACGAUGAGGCCGGACAUCGUGUUCGCCUGCAGCAAGCUGGGGAGCGGCCUCACGAUGAGGAGCGACCAGCAUUGGCGUGAGGUCGACCGCUGCCUCGCCUACCUUGCUGACACCCGCGACACCGCCUUGGAGUUCGGCGGUGGACCAGAGUCACCGGAGCUGAUCGGCUACGUGGACGCCAAUGACGCGGGCGACGAGCAAAAGCGGACGAGCACAAGCGGCUACGUGUUCGUCUACGGAGGGGCCGCCGUCUCAUGGUCGAGCUCGCGCAUCAAGUGCACGACAUUGUCGUCGACAGAGUUGGAGUACGUUGCGGCCACGAAUGCAGGCAAGGAGGGACGCCGACUUUGUUUCCUUCUUGCGGAAUUCAAGCUGCUCGACGCUGGGAAGCCGACCAUCCUGCGCGUCGACAACAAGUCGGCAAUUACGGUCGCUGAGGGCUUGGGGCUGACGGGCAACCUCAAGCACAUGGAGCGACGCUAUGCCUGGCUGCAGCACAUGGUGAGAUGCGGGAAAUUCGUAUUGAAGUACAUCCCGACCACCGAGCAGCCGGCAAACUUCCUGACGAAGGCGCUGCACUUUCCGGCUUUCAACCGGUGCUCUGUCGACAUCGGCCAAGUUCGUCUAGUCGACGUCGGCGUCGGCGACGAUGAUGUGCAGCAGUAG